AAAAAAAAAAAGGUGAUUAAUAAAUAAAUAAAGAAGAAGAAAAAGAGAACACGAAACAUGUCCAACAAAGUCAAAAAAAGCCGGCAGCUUUGUCUUCCUUGUUGGAUUUUCUUCCAGUUCUGAUUUUGUCUAUAAGAAGAAAGGGGGAGCUAACUAAGCACAUGCACAAGCAAGAAGAGAAGAAAAAAUUAAAACAAAAAUAGGAUGGGGAGCACAGAAGAUGAUGGGGUAACGCUGAAGCUGCUGGGGUUCUGGGUCAGCCCCUUUGUGGUGAGGGUGGAGUGGGCUCUGAAACUGAAGGGUGUUGAUUACCAGUACAUUGAAGAAGAUAUCUUCAACAAGAGCCCUCAGCUUCAGGAGCUCAACCCUGUCCACAAGAAGGUUCCAGUUCUGGUUCAUGGCCCCAAGUUGAUACCCGAGUCCUUUGUCAUAAUGGAGUACAUUGACGAGACAUGGAAACAGAACCCUCUGCUGCCUCAAGAUCCUUACCAGAAAGCCAUGGCACGCUUCUGGACUAAAUUUGCUGAAGAAAAGCUAUUCGAAGCAGCCUGGGUCGCUCUCUGCUCGGAGGGUGAGGAACACGAGCUUGCUCUGAAACUAGCCGCAGAAGCCAUGGAAAGAGUAGAAGGGGAGCUCAAACAAAGAGGGGAGAAGUUCUUUGGAGGAGACAGCAUUGGGUAUUUGGACCUUGCAAUUGGGUGGGUUUCUCACUGGCUCCCAGUUUUCGAGGAAGCUGGGUCGAUGCAGAUCUUAGACCCCCUAAAAUUUCCGGCCAUUGCAGCGUGGAAGAACAACUUUCUCGGCCACCCGGCGAUCAGAGACAAAUUGCCGCCGCGGGACAAAAUGCUCGACUACUUCCGCUGGCGCAAAGAAGUCCUCACCCCUCUCAGGAUCUCUUGAUCUAUCUUUUUUAUUUCCUUUCUUGCCCCUACUGUUUUUUUUAAAUAAAUAAAAAGAAAUGCUACGAGUUACAUUUUUA